AUGCUUGGAAAGCUGACCCUCGUGCUGGCAUGCGCAGCAGCAGCGAUGGCGUUUGCUCCUUGUCACCCAGGGUCACCUCCUCUUUCCAUUUCAUCAGCUUCUAUUCAUAGUGCUGCCAAAGAGAGGAAGCUCGCUCUCUCGAUGUCAGUUCGCUCGUCGUCGGAGGAAACAUGUAAGCUCCUACAGCGAAGUGCUGUGAACAAGAUUUUGCUCGGAACUCUGCUUGCCAUGCCUACAACUUCUUUUGCCGAAGAUGUGGAUGAUGAGAAGAUUCGUGCUGGCUAUGCAACGUUAGUGGAUCUUAUAGAGAACUGGACCAAGUACGCCGGGAGCGGGGACGAACUGAAUGGCGAUAACGUUAGGCGACAAGUCGGUACGGUUGGGAACAAAAGUCCGUUGCUCGGUAUCCGAAAGGCUCUCUUAAGGAAGCAGGUGGACAUCGACCUCUUCGAGGAGUUUGACAAGAGUCUACAAGAGAUCGACUCAAACGCUUACUCAGCCAUCUUCGCCGAUACGUCCACCGCACCCAAGAGAGGAUACGAGUACAUGAAUGAUGCCAAGCGAGACGCUGAGAGGACUCUAGAGAUCUACAAGAAGAUCAUGGACUCUUUGGGGUUGAAGCCUUGA